AUGAACAAACCUAAAACCAGACCCUAUGGCCAUUUCCCCUGUGAUUACCCCCAAUGUUCAAAGACCUUCUCCCGGCCAGACCAUCUACGUCGACACAAAAAGAACCACCAGUCGCCCCAGUUCCAGUGCAAGUUCCCGGGGUGUAGUCUUACGUUUGUGAGAUCUGACGUUAGAGAUAAGCAUAGUAGGAGACAUGCCAAUGCUAUGGCCAACGACAGUGCCAUGGCUCACGACACCAGCUCAAGUGGCACCGUUGAUAGGCUAGAGACACUUGAAGAUGACGGAAUAGUUGCUAGUACCAUCAGUGGUACCAAUGGUGGAAUGAAUGGUGCCAAUGACAGUAUGAGUUAUGGCUACCAAGCCUCAAGGCCAAUGCACGGUUCCAAUGGUUCCAUCCAUGGAUCAAUGCCUGGACCUGGUUCUUUACGUGGACCAGACACUGUCAACGGUGCUGGAACGCUCCCUGGAGUCCCAGGGACCGUCCCAGGCAAACCAUUGUCCCCCAGUGAUCUCAUAGAAUGGCUAUUCGACCCCAUCACCUCAUCAGAACCAUUCCAGGACUUCCACGGUGUGUCCCCCAUAUCCCUCCUCGAUUCCAUGUUCGCCAUAUCCCCCAACUUCCCUCACGCCAUCAACCGUACCACCGUUAGCGAGGGUCUCCGCCAAAGUCUAGUGGCCCUCAUACCGUCGUUAGACCUAAACUUCGACUUCGGUUUGUCCCAAAUACAACGAUGUUUGGAGAUUUACUGGCUCAUCUACCACCCCCAGUACCCAUUGCUACACAAACCUUCGUUCUCCAACGAAGACUCCCCACCGUUGCUCCUUCUCGCUAUGAUUAUGCUUGGGGCUGCGGUAUCACCUUGUACGGGGUUUAACGAGAAACCGGUGCUACGAGACCCCCAGGCUUUGGCCAUGGAGAUAGCCAGGCCGUUAAGAUGGCUCAUCUUCGCAAAUAAAGACUGUAGGCCCCCUGCUAAGACGUGGGUCAUUCAGAGUUUGCUCCUUCUAGAGACGUUUGAAAUUACCAGUAGCUCCCGCGAACUUCACGAGAGAGCUUACCUCCACCACGGGUCGAAGAUCCAGCUCCUACGACGGUCGCCAAUUUUAGGCGGAGACCCGUUGAAGGAUGACGAUGACGAUGGCGCCCCGCCUAAUCACAUUUGGAAGAAAUGGAUCGAAGUAGAAAGUAUGAAACGGGCCACUCUCAUGGCGUUCUACCUCGAUACCGUCAAUGCCACCGUCUAUGGCCACCUGGUGAUCUUGUACGCCCACCAGAUCAAAAUCUCCCUACCGUGCGAGGACGAGCUCUGGGAGUUCGAUAACUCUAAGCAGAUAGAGAGCAAGCUCAUCAACGACAAGCCACCUAAAUUCCUCAAUGCGUUGAAACGACUCCUCCACCGACAGAAGGUUGGUACCAGCUCCUUCGGGAGGAAGAUCUUAUUGGCAGGGUUGUUGACCAUUAUGUUUCAGAUGCAACAACGAGACCUCCAGUUGAGUUUCUUGGAAUGGAACCGAGUUAAGGAGAGUUGGAACGAGACGAUCUCCCUAGCCAUCGACGUGUGGCGGACGGAGAUUUGUGUGGGGAAUUGUUGCCACGGUGCGAAUUCGUUCAGUGCUGCCGCGAGUGGUGCUAGUGGCACCGCAAAUGGUACCGCGAAUGGCGCCAGUAUUUCUGCUGAUGGCACUGUCACCGCGAAUGGCACUAACAAUACCACCACCCUCCCACCAAUGCUCAGAGAUUCAGACACCCGAUGUAAGUUCAGUUUGUACCAUAUCUCCCAAAUUUACAUGAGAAUCACCCACUACGACUACAUAAUCUUUGCUGGGGCCCCUAGUCGUAUGAACGUCACUGCUGGGGACCAGGAAUACGCCGUGGUCAGCAAACGAGUGGUACAAUGGGCCCAAUCCCUCAACGGGAGGAUCUCAGUGGUUCACGCCUACUUGUUCCUCUUUGAGAUGAUGUUGAGUCCCGAGAACCCCGAUGUGGCCAUGUCCUACGACCCCAACACCGACCCGUUCCUCCACCGCAAGAACAUCAUGGCCAGUGCUAUCUUGGUGGUGUUUGCCUAUAAUUUUGUAUUGUAUGGGCCGGAGAGCGACCUCUUGUCGGACGAGUCCUCGCUGGUUCGCGGUGAGUAUCCCCAACGUGAGGAUGGCUACGCCUAUUUGAAGAGAAUCCGCCGAGACCUCUCGUCAGUGUCAGGGCUUCCCCCUAGUUUCACCUACCACAGUAGUACCAGCUCCGAAUUCCACGACAACAUCACCUUAUUGGCGUCCAAGGUCCCUCAGGUGACCAACUUGCACCAUAUCGUGGGACUCUUGAAGGUGUUCUGGACGUCCUACGCCACCAGCCAGUGGGAGAUCGGGGUAGAGUACGCCAGGUUGUUUGAGAAUUGCGUAGAGAGAUGUUUAGGGCGAAAGACGGUGGUGUGCGAGGGGAUGUAUGCCCGUGGAGCUGAGUAG